AUGAGUGAAUGGGGACAGAAAAGUAUCUCAGCAACUCGCGAGGACUUGAAACCGAAAAGAGAACGACCGACUAUACAGAUUCUGGGGGAUGUCUCAUUUCCGAGAGUCGUGAUCAACAACUCCUUGCCGAAGCCGACUCCUCGCAAUGAUGAAUUGCUCAUCAAAGUCCAUGCCGCCGGUAUCACUGGCGACGAAAGUCGGAUUCCAGGACACGAGAUAUCGGGCACGAUAUCGGCCACAGGUCCUGACUACCACGGACCAUUGCAAGCCGGACAAGAAGUCGCCCCCAAAUCGUCGUCAUUGUCUCAUGAAGAGGCUGCCGCACUUCCAAUUCCGUUCUUGACGGCAUGGGAGGCUCUUGUCGAUCAUGGGGCUUUGAAGCCUGGGAUGCGCGUGCUCAUAACUGGGGCAUCGGGUGCAGUUGGUUCCGUAGCAGUUCAACUGGCCACCCACCUGUCUGGCUGUCACAUCACAGCCCUGGCCUCGUGUCGACACCAUGGCACACUCCGAAGGCUUGGGGCCCAGGAGGUUCUCGACUACAAUAGUAUUGGUUGGGAGCAUCACGUACAUGACAUAGACAUUGUCUUCGAUACGGUGGGAGGGCAGGUCAUGACUAAAACCUGGGGAGCUGUCAGGAAUGACGGGUUAAUCGUCACUGUCGCGGAUCCUCCGCCCCCGUGGGCGUUCGGACGAGGUGUGGCGGCUGAGUCCUUGAAUUUCCCUGCCGUGCGCUACAAGUACUUCGUUGUCUCUCCGAGUUCUGAGAGGCUUGCUAAGUUGUCAGGGAUGAUUAGCGAAUGUGUCAUUACCGCUCUGGCGGUAAGGUCAUUCCCAGCGGGUGAGGCGGAGCAGGCGUGGGCCCAGGCACGACAGAGAAAUCAUGGGUCGAAGGUGGUGGUCACCUUCGGCUAA